AUGCCUACGGCAACGAAAAGAUUGAUGUUCUUAUCCAGCUUUGUCACAAGCUUGGGGGCUUUCAUCGUAAUUUGUUCUAUUCUUACAACUCAAGAAUGGAUUCGCAGUACAGUUAUCAUUAGUGACCCUUCUUCGAAUGGUAGUGUGAUUAUUACCUAUGGACUCUUUCAUGGGAAGAGUGUUCAAGAAUUGAAUCAUGGACUUGCAGAAGCAGACAAAAGUUUUGGAGUUUUAGGGACAUUGAACAGUUCUUCCCCAAAGACUCUGCACUUCGUGGUCAUCGUGUUCCUGGUCCUCAGUUUUUUAAUGUCGCUGCUGAGCUCUGUGUUCACCUUGUACAACAGCAUCAGGAACCCCUAUCAGACGUUCUUGGGGCCGAUGGGGGUGUACACCUGGAGCGGACUCAGCGCAUCCUUCGUAUUCCUAACCAUGGUGCUCUUUGUGGGGAACACACAGUCCAAUCACCUCUCAGAAGAGCUGGCCCAGAGGCUCUACCCGCUUUAUCCAGCAAUCACUCACCAAGGAACCUCCCACAGUUACGGAUACUCCUUCUGGCUCAUCCUGCUCGUCAUUCUUUUAAACACACUCACCGUGGUCAUCAUCAUCUUCUACCAGAAGGCCAGAUACCAGUGGAAGCAGGAGCAGAAAAAGCCCAUGGAAUACGCCCCAAGGGAUGGAAUUUUAUUCUGA